CCAACUCCUGUUGCACCCGACUGUCUAGCGUGUAUCUGCAAGGUCGAAUCCGGGUGUACAAUACCUGACCCUGUUUGUCGUGAUGAUGUUGGCUCACUAUCAUGCGGCCCAUACCAGAUAAAAGAAGCAUACUGGAGUGAUGCGCUGUUAAGAGGAGGUGAACUCAUGGGCUCUUGGAUGGCAUGCACAGCUGAAUUUGAAUGCAGUGAGCAGGCGGUACAGGGCUACAUGGCGCGUUAUGCUACUUUCCAACGCCUCGAACGUCAACCAACUUGUCAAGAUUUUGCCCGCAUACACAAUGGCGGUCCAAAUGGCUAUAAGAAAGAAGCUACCUUGGUAUAUUGGGAAACAGCUUUGAGUAGAUAUGAAGAGUGCCGACGUUCAGCAGAUAUUUUCUUCCCAUUCGGAUCAAGUGAAGUAGACGAAUCUCUUCCUGCAAAUGAUGAUGGUUCCACAGCCGAGCUACCGAUUGCCGUAGUCUUCCCAUUCUUCGACCAAGACCAUACCAGUCUCUUUGUGAACAACAACGGUGUAAUUUCCUUCUUGUCGAGUGUUUCUCAAUACACUCCAGAUCCGUUUCCUCUCGGUGAUGGCCGACCACUUUUGACACCAUUCUGGGCAGAUGUCGACACGACGAAUGGUGGCAGUGUAUUUUAUCGGGAAGUCCUACGAUUCGCCCAGAACGGUGGCUUGUUCGGUGAAGCCGAUAAUGUUAUCAGAGCAACCUUUGAUGAUAUGAGUGAUUUUGUAUCGUCGUGGAUGUACAUCGCAACUUGGGACAAUGUGGCUUUCUUCGGUGCAUCUGAUACCUCAAUUAGGAAUUCCUUUCAGGCUGUGCUUGUAACCGAUGGCCGAUAUUCCUUUGCCAUCUUCAACUAUGGAGAUAUCAACUGGACCACUGGAACUUUAAGUGGUGGUAAUAGCUUAACAGGUCUUGGUGGCACCCCAGCUCAGGUUGGAUUCAAUGCUGGUGACGGCGAGAAUUAUUACAGUGUCAGCGGAUCUAGGACCAAUUCCAUUGUCGAUAUUGAAACAACAUCAAACAUAGGUCUACCAGGCAGAUGGGUCUUCAGGAUUGACUCAGAGAUCCGGGGACAAGCAUGUACAUCUUCCGGUGAUAUCUCUCUGUUCCCAUUGGUCGGUUCAAUGCUUGGUGGAACACAGGUAUUUGUAAGUGGACCUUGUUUCAACUCAACCAGUUUGAUUGCGUGUGAUUUCGACGGGACAGUGACUUCUGGGAAAUUUAUAUCCAACGACAUCGGCAUCUGUAUUUCACCAACGUUCUGCAAAGUUGGAAGGAUUCCUUUGCGUGUGUCUCUUGACGGUGGAGCUACGUUCAAUUUCUCUGGAACAUUCACAAUAAUCAAUGUUGAGGCGGUUCCUGUAAAUGUAUUCUCUUCUGUAACGGAAAGCAACGAGAGAGAGUCCUUCUUCGAGAUCACAUGGAACACAGAUGCCCUCCAAUACGUGGAUAAUGUUGAUAUUGUUGUCUACGGCUACAGAGAGGAUGGUGGUGUUGAAUUUAAUGGACCAUUGCUCACGUUGGCGGAAGAGAUUGUCUAUAGUCUUGGUCGCCACAGUGUAUCCGGCCUAACUUUCAAUGAGAUCAAUUUCGAUGUCGGUGCUAUUGGAAUUAUUGAUUCAGAUAGACAACAAGAAAUUCCUACCCGCGCUGUUCUCUGGAGCAAAGUCCAUGUUCUUCAGUGGUACAAUGGCGAAAAUGUCCCAAACUGGUGCAGUGGUUGGAUUGGAGAAAAUGGCUUGUCAGACAAUUCCUUUUUGACGAACAGGCCGGAGUGUCCCUGUACCCUUGAUCAGGCCGAGGUUGAUAGAGGAAGAUUUAGUCCACAUCCGGAGUGUGACAUUGAUAUUUCCUCACCAAGCAACUGCAUUCACAAACCUGGAGCAAUCCACUGCGUCCGAGCAGAUAUACCGAGGUCGACGUCGGAAACCCACAUUGGUGAUCCUCGGGGACUCCAUCAUUUACUGGUCUGCAGUCUAUGCAACUCGCCAUAAUCAUCAAUCUUUGGGGCUAGACGCUGGCGUUGUGUGGCGUGGGAUCCGAGGCCUCAAAUUACAUCAGGUAGAGCAACAUAUACGGGGGCCAGUUUUUGAUUCGGCGUCCCAUGUUAAUAUCAUCCAUGUUGACACGAAUGACAUUGGGGGCUUAUGCAAGAGGAAGCUACAGGAGAAAAUUGGUAAAGUGCUAAGGCGAGUGCAGUCCCUCCUACCUUCAGUUAACGUGGGGUGGUCAUGUAUCUUACCUCGGGUAACUUAUGCUGACUUUUGCCCCGAGGACCAGCCCGCCAUUGACAGGAAAAGGAGGAGUGCGAACAGAUGUGCCAGGUCCGCGUGCCGCCAUUUGAUGGGGUUUGUUCUGGCGCAUGAGGGAAUCAGAUACGACGACCGCUAGCUGUUUCGCCCGGAUGGAGUUCACCUAUCGGAGGAGGGCAUUUUGGUCUUCUUUGAAAGCCUACGUAAAGGCCUUAUGGACGUCAUUUAGUCAGGGCAUGGUUAAUUGGUCUUAACACGUUUAGGUGUUCUUAUUUAGGUUUAGCUUAUUCAGGUUUACCUUAUUUUUCUUACUGCUACAUGAGUCGAUCUUUGUUAAUGAUUAUUAUUAUUUUUAUUAUUUAAUCAUAUAUGGAUAUGCAUACAUCAAUAUUUUUUUAUGUUUCUUUCUUUCUCUCGAUGCUAGUGUGGUAAACCAUGAGUAGUUUUCCAUUUUCAUCAUGACAUUUUGUUUGAUUUGAUCUAUUCAGUUGUUAGAAUUUUCUCUCGCACAUUUACAACCAUAGAUAAUGUUGUUUUUCUGCAGCUAAGAAUUUAGAUGUUGGUACAUCCUUAAGCGUGUAUUACUUAGUCUCAACCAGGUAUUCCUCUUCAAUACACGAAUACACAAAAUGUCCCCCUUUUUUUUUUUCCUUCUGUUAUAUAUAUCGUAGUGACAUGCUCAAGCCCAUUUCAUCUGCCAUAACGCGCUUCAUGGGAUUCACACAAUAAUAUUUCAUUGACGAAGCGAUAUGCACAGUGGCGGCGGGCAUUGCCCGUGUGGCGGAAAAUUGUACCAUUUUUGAGCCCCUGUGCCUAUCUUACGUAACUUUGGCCGGCUUCACCAUGUAAAGCUCAGCAGGAAGGUGUAUGUUUUCAAUUAUUUGAGAUCGGAUGUAUUGGCCAUUGCGUCUUAAUUAUGCCCCAUUUAUUUCAUGUUGUGCCCUUGAUUGUUUCCUCGUCCAUAUAGGUUCACACCCUAUCAUGUGGAGAGGAAUUUUGUUCGGGCAGUGGUUAUUAAUAUUGUGCCCAUUGAAUGUUUCCUCGUCUGUAGAGUUGGGCACCCUAUGCAGAGAGGAAUUGGUUGCGUCAUUAUGCACCCCGGGUAGGGAUGUGGGGGCGGACGCUUUAGUAAAUUGUGAUUGAAUUAUCGGAUAAAAUAUACCCGGGUCCUUCCAAGUAGUUAUGCUGAAGCCGUCCUCUUUAAUUCAGUGGUAUACCCAUUUUAUGAAGUUAUAACAUUGAACUUAGGAUGGUGAUUUACAGAUUUAAGAAUCGUACUAAUAUGUAUUCAAAUUAUGUUAGUAUAAAAUCAUCUGACAACCAAGUUAUUCAUGUUGUAAUCGUCAAGAUUAUUAAGCCUAUUCACAUAAUGUAUUAUGUAUUAUGCAUGAGAUUAAAAACCACAACCAAUGGC